UGUUGACUUAAAAUGAUAACCUGGCUUCCUGGUUUGACUCACAUCACAGGUGCUCAUGAUCAUAUACAUGCAGAGGACAUUUAAAUAAGAAAUAUGGGAAGAUCAAUCUCUGUGCUUUACUGGCUGUUUCUUACUUUUGGACCAGUUGCAGCCCAAGCAGAUAAGGUAGAACAAGCGUUGCCCAACUGGCUUACGGGAAUCAUCGCUGUCGCCGUCUUCCUCUUUCUUGUCUUCAUCGCCUUCCUUGUAAACAAAGCCUGGUUUGAAACUCCAAGCAAUCCAGAAGCAGUGAGUUCCAACGAAUACGCCAUGACCAAUGGAUCAUCAACUUAUGAAACCGUCCUCGAAGUGGUCAGAAGCAGCGAAGACCCAAAUGCAUACGAGAACGUGACCAUACACCAGACCGAAGAGAAAGUAACUGUGAUGUAACUGAAGAAAUAUCCACAUUCAGCACAACAUAUUAACCCGGUUUUCUGCUGUAAACUCCUGCUUAUAAUCUUAUUUGAUGACAAAGCUCAUUAUUUCAGUUAGCAGUGUUAUUGUAAAAUGAACUUUACUCCCAAGCUGUCACUGGGACAGUACCCUUUAAACAUUUACUAAUAUGAACCAUUUAAAUACUAAUCCAUAUACAUUUUCACCUUAAUAUACCUUUGAGGUACUAAUGAGCACCCUUCGGUAGUGUUGUAGACCACUUUUUAAAGGUCUUGGUCUCGUCUUGGAAUCGACCGCAUUUUUACUUGGUCUCGUCUCGGUCUCAGACAAAGAGGACUCGGAAUUUUAUUUCAAGACCAGCCAAGACCACAACUGAUGGCACAUCACAAAUUUAUUUUUUAUCAUUAAUUUUAUGCAGUUUAUUCAGGUUUGGCAUUGUUUAAGCAUUGUUUAAGUUUCUCCCAAUGACAAUUUUUCUAAUUUUAUUACUAAAAACACUUGCAUUGUGUUAAGUGGAUGGCACGCCAUGGAAAGACAGUUCAGAAUAAAUGGUUAAGUUGAUUUCAGCUCUUUAGUGUUUGUUCACUUUUAUUUGCUUAUAGACAAAGAUAAAUUCCCACAUAUCUGCAAUGCCUUUGAUUAUUUUAUCAACUUCUCUAAUGGCAUACACACACACACGCACACACACACACACACACACACAUGCACGCACACACAGACAAGAAGUGCCUAAUCAUAUGCAUAUUCCACAUUUUAUCAUAAGUGUUUUAAUGCAGUGACUUGCACUGUUCUUGGUCUUGACUUGGUCUCAACCCUUUAAAGUCUUGGUCUUGUCUCGGGCUGUCUUGGUCUUGGUCAUGACUUGGUCUCGAUUUAGGUGGUCUUGACUACAACACUACCCUUCGGUACCAAUAUGUACUUCUUAGGUACUAGUAUGUGAGCCUGGACUACAAAAGGGUCAAUUUUUUUUAAUUAAGAUUUAUAUAUAAACUAAAAUCUGAAUAAAUACACUUUCCAUUGAUGUUUGUUAGGAUAGGACAAUAUUUGGCCGGCUACAACUAUUUUAAAAUCUGGAAUCUAAGGGUGCUAAAAAAAACAAAGUCUUUAAAGUUGUCAAAAUGAAGUCCUUAGCAACACAUAUUACUACUGAUUAAUACAUUUUGUAUAUAUUUACAUUAGAAAAUUUCUAAAUAUCUUCAUGGAGCAUGAUCUUUACUUCACUAUCUAUUCUAAUGAUAUUAUUUGGCAUAAAAAUGGCCUUUGCCAAUAUUCCUCAUUGACAGCUAGAGACCAAUUUGUGUACCUGUAGAUAAGUGUUUAGUCUGUUCUGUUACUAAAUGCAAAUAAUAAAACAUAACCAUAUAAUUCUGUUUUUCUGUGUAUAAACUGCUACAUUUACAUGUAAAAUCACAAAUAGAUUUCAUAUCCAAUAUAAUUCAGCAUUAGAAUUCAGUAGUCAAAGACGAUUAAAAUGAAAAUAACUUUUAUUAUUUAAAUUCUACUUUUCCAAAAUAAACUGACAGACCAUACUGACCA